UACCACCAGGCCUUAUUGUAUCUCACAGAUCUUUGUUAAUUGUCAACCAAUUUUCACCAAAUAAAGUGCAAUCUACUCAGAAAUGAUGCCUCUUUCGAAAAAUGUACAAUAUUAGACCAGUUGGUACGAAAAAAGACGGAAUUUUAAAGCGAUAAUGCACUUUUUGUCUAGGUCGGACAUCGCAUGACCGAGCCGUAAGAAGGCGAUUUUGAACAUAAAUCGAUCUUUUUCCUAAUAACAAACUAAUGUCAGUGCAUGCAAACAGUUGAAACAGAUAAGGCAGAUAUAAUACUAUCGCUUACAGGUCCAAAUUUAACCUAACACGUCGAUAGGGAGGCACAUUCAGUAGUUUUUUGCACAAACUUCUGAACUUUCCCGAUAUUUCAUCCAUUUCAUGUACAUAAAUUGUGACCCGGAUAUACUUCACGCGCAUGCUCUUUAGCGACGACACAGUUUCUAUAAUUAGAAACGGAAAAAUCCCCUGGUGCCCAGCUUCGUAGUAAUAAAACUUCAGGAGACCGGUUUCAAGCAAUUAAAAAAAGUAAACAUGACAGACGAAAAUCGUAACGUGAAACUUAAUAAACUGCAGGAUUUUGCCGUUAAUCGGAUUUUGCAGGGGCAUAAUGUUGUUUUACAGGGCGCAGCGGGCACAGGAAAGUCGUAUGUUAUUAAGCACUGCGUUGAUGUAUUCAAACAAAGAAACAUAUCUGCAUAUGUAACUGCUACAACCGGCAUUGCUUGCUGCAUGUAUAAAAAUGCCAUGACAAUUCACAAAUGGUCGGGUAUAGGAGACGGGCGUUUCGAAUUGAACCAAAUACGAAGUAUUGUUGACCAUAAUGUAAAGUUUCAGGAUGUGAAAAAUAGAAUCAUGUGUACAGAUGUCCUUUUCAUUGACGAAUGCUCAAUGAUGAGUGCUCAAUUUCUAGAAUGUUUAAAUGAAGUGUGUAAAAUAAAAAACAGUGAAAAGCCAUUUGGAGGAAUUCAAGUAGUGCUAACGGGUGAUUUUCUGCAGCUGCCCCCUGUCCCUAAUUAUAUGUACAAUGACAGUGGAUUGUUCUGUUUUGAAAGUAAAAUAUUUACUAGUCUUUUUUCCCACAAAAUAACAUUGAAAGAAGUAGUUAGACAGAAAGAUGCUACAUUUAUUGACAUCAUACAGCAAGUUUCUGUAGGAAAUGUUACAGAUGAAGCAGAAAGAUUUCUGCAGGGGCUAUCUCGACCUUUGUCGUCCACUUCCAAUAGUGUGAAACUGUUUUCAAUGAAUAAACAGGUUGACUCAUACAAUUGUGACUGUAUAUUAAAAGCUAAGGGUGAGAGUAUUGCUGAAGAUGAAGGUGAAAGAAAACAUUUAAGCAAAGUAUUGACACCACGCAUAUUAUGGUUAAAAGUCGAUGUACCUGUGAUUCUUUUAAAGAACUUGUCUGACAACUUUGUAAGUGGACUAAGAGAAGAAGAAACUGGUAUAAGUAAUUCAAAGCCAGUUAUAACCUUUCCAACCAUACAGAAAACAAUACCACUGGACAAAGCUUCAUUUACAGACAAAUAUUUUCAUCCAUUUCUCCAACUUAUUAGUUAUAUAUUAAAUGAAACCUGUUUGUACAUAUUAAAUCGAAUAAAGCAAUUAAAGUACUUUUUUUCUAUUAUAGUGUUUGACCCUCGCCAGAAUCGGGAUAUAGCAUUGAGACGGCAGUUCCCAAUAAAGUUAGCAUAUGGUAUAACUAUACAUAAGGCACAAGGAAUGACUAUUGAAAGUUUGGAGGUUGAUUGCAGAGGAAUCUUUAAACCAGGUCAACUUGGAGUAGCUCUUGGGAGAGCCUGCACUUCUGAAGGACUACGGGUUAUCAACUUCAAAAAGAAAGUUUGCAUAAAACAGCCAGCCAUUGUACUAAAGUUUCUUCAAGAAGAGUCUUCUGAAUUCCUACAAGACACAAGUUGCUGCAGGACAAAAAGGUAUAUAAAAAUAAAACAAAUUAACAUACCAUCAGUAGAAGAUUAUGGAUGGCUGGUUUUACUUGUCUGAAGUAUUAAAUCCUUCACUUCUUGUUGGUCACUAUUGAGGAUAACAUGUAUAAAGUCUUGGUGCACAAUUUUUGGCCGGGUUGCACAGGUGCAAACCGGAUUAUAGUAUGGUGAAGUGUGCUGUUUGCGGAAAAACAGUCUUGAUAAUUUGUAUACAGCAUAAACAUGUGGUCCCAUAUGGUAUAAUUUGAUUUCAGAUCUGUUGCUCAUCCACUUCCUGUUUACCAACUAAGUUAAAUUUUCAACAUUAAUGGUCAAGGUAGUACAUUUUGGUGUUAAAUUUCCAACAUUAAUGGUCAAUGGUAGAACAUUUUGUAACAGUUUUCUCAACAAAUACUUAUCACAGCCUCAUGAUAUUUGGUACACAGCAUUAACACAUGGUCCCAUACAAUGGGAUUCGAUUUAUCCACUUCCUGUUUACUGACUUUGUUAAAUUUUCAACAAUAAUGGGGAAUGGUAGGAAAUUUUUGAAACAGUUUUCUCAGCAACUACUUAUCACAGUCUCUUGAUAUUUGGUAUACAGCAUUAACACAUGGUCCCAUACAAUGGGAUUCGAUUUAUCCACUUCCUGUUUACUGACUUUGUUAAAUUUUCAACAAUAAUGGGGAAUGGUAGGAAAUUUUUGUAACAGUUUUCUCAGCAACUACUUA